ACUUGAUACUCAAGAUAGACACGACAAUCCUGUAAAGUGGAUAAAGUAUACUUUUUAGACAUCAUGACUAGCCUCAGGAAAUAUACAGUUGCAAGGCCAAUUUACUCAGAGGAUACUUUUAGUGAUAAUCAUAACAAAUUGGAAAGGAAACACACAACUUUUUUGGAUCACCUAAAGCGUUUAUGUAGGUGUUCCCCAGAAAAAGCAAAAAGAAUUGCGCUAACUUUUUUUCCCAUUGCUUCGUGGCUUCCCGCUUACCGUUUCAAAGAAUGGAUACUCAGUGAUUUAAUAUCUGGAGUCACAACAGGACUUGUGGCAGUGCUACAAGGUCUGGCAUAUGCUCUUUUAGCAAACGUAUCACCUGGAUAUGGACUCUACACUUCAUUUUUUCCAGUUGUGGUGUAUUUUUUCCUUGGCACAUCCAAACAUAUAUCUGCUGGCCCUUUCCCUGUUGUGAGUCUAAUGGUGGGCUCUGUAGUAGCCAGUCUUGUUCCUGAUAACCCAGAUAGCAAUGGCAACUCAACAAUGAUCAAUUCAACAAGUGAAGACUUGAUAAAUCAACAACGAAUUGUUGUUGCUGCAUCUAUAUGUGUCCUUACUGGGAUAUUUCAGCUGGCAAUGGGCCUUCUGCAGGUGGGCUUCAUAGUCAUCUACCUAUCAGAAUCCUUAAUUAAUGGUUUUACAACUGCUGCAGCUAUUGAAGUUGUUGUUUCUCAGCUGAAAUAUGUCUUUGGAGUUCAGAUCCCUUCAUUUAGUGGACCUCUUUCUAUAUUUUAUUCAUUGAAGAGUAUUUUUUCUCAGAUAACCAAGACCAAUAUUGCUGAAUUAGUUAUAGCAAUUAUCAUAAUGGUUAUUGUUUAUGCAGUUAAAGAAAUCAAUGACCGUUUCAAAAAGAAAAUGCCAGUUCCAAUCCCCAUUGAAAUCAUAGUGACUAUCAUUGCUGCUGGGGUGUCAUAUGCAUUUAAUUUCAAGGUUUUAUAUCAAGUAAAUACAGUAGGAGUAAUCCAAAGAGGAUACGAACCACCUAUGCUGCCCAGCAUUGCUGUGUUUAAAGCUUGUGUAGCCAAUGCCUUUUCUAUUGCAAUAGUUGGGUUUGCCGUUGCAUUUUCAGUUGCUAAAGUUUAUGCAAUCAAACAUAAUUAUAAUAUUAAUGGAAACCAGGAACUAAUUGCAUUUGGACUAAGUAACAUCCUGUGUGGCUCAUUCAGAGGUUUUGCUGCAAGCACAUCUUUAUCAAGAUCGUCAGUACAAGAAAGUACAGGAGGAAAAACCCAGGUUGCUGGCAUAAUAUCAGCUACACUUGUGCUGAUCGUGACAUUGGCUAUAGGAUACCUCCUGGAACCACUUCCAAAGUCUGUUCUUGCAGGAAUCAUUAUUGUGAAUUUAAAAGGAAUGUUGAGGAAAUUUAAUGAGAUCCCAGUUUUGUUCAGGAGAGAUAAAUAUGACUGUCUUGUAUGGGUUUUGACAUUCAUAGCUUCAAUUCUUCUUGGAUUGGACCUCGGUCUUGCAGUUGGUGUAGGAAUCGAACUUAUAACUGUGAUUUUCAGAGUGCAGUUCCCCAAAUUUGCAGUGAUGGCUAAUAUAGAAGGAACAGACAUCUACAAAAACAAAAAAGACUACAAUGAUAUUUAUGAGCCCAAUGGAGUGAAGAUUUUCAGAUGCCCAUCACCUGUCUUUUUUGCUAACAUCGAUUUCUUCAAGGAUAAACUUAUCGCUGCUGCUGGUUUCAAUCCAUUGUAUGUUUUGCGAAAGCGUAACAAGGCUUUAAGGAAACUGGAAAAGUUACACAAGAAAGGAAAGCUACAAAUGAUAAAACAGAGCAAUUUGAAUUCUGAUGAUUCCUCCGAUGAAGAACUAAGUAAUAACAGGGUAGAGGAACUUGACCAGCCAAUUAACACCGACAAGCUUCCAUUUAGCAUUGAUUGGAAUAAAGAUCUUCCUAAUAAUAUUAUAGUUCCAAGAGUUAAUAUUCAUAGCUUGAUAUUGGAUUUUGGAGCAGUGUCAUUCAUUGAUCUUUCUGGAAUGAAAGGAUUAAAAGGGAUCUUAAAAGAAUUCAUCAAGGUUGAUGUAAAUAUCUACAUUACUGGAGUUGACAGUGGCCUUUUUGAAAAGUUAAAAAAGUGUAAAUUUUUUGAUGAUGACAUAAAUACGUCUAUGUUUUUUCUCUCGGUACAUGAUGCUGUUUUACAUGUGCUAGAGGAAAAUGGAACGAAUCCUGCAAAUGAACAUGAUAAAUUACAGACAAUGGAUACAUCCUAUGCGAAUGAGACUAGAAAUGGAUCUAUAAACGGGACUGUUCACAACACAGAUUCUGUGGCACCUGAAACUAGAUUCUAAAGUAUGUAUCGUAUUAUCAAGGUGCAUGUGAAAAAUCAGGAAAAUAAUGUCCACCUUAUAUCCACAUAUGCUUCACUUAAAAGUAGCCUUUGAUAUCCUGGAGGUGGUUUCAUCACAUAUUUGGAAUGGUCACUUACUACAGAAGUCUAGAAAAAUACUACUUCACAACAAAAUUUGAAAUCUCGCUACAACCACUAUGGCUUCCACCAAGCACAAAAUGCAAUUAUUAAAUGGUCUGAGUAUUGCAGUUAAUGAGACAAAGACCAGUGGUUUGUCAGCCCCUAUAAGGAAAUAGAAGUAAGUUUCCCUAAGUUAAAGGGAUAUGGAACACAAAAAUAUUCUUUUGUGAUUCAGACAGAGCAUACCAUUUUAUAAAGGUUUCCAAUUUGUUUCUGUUAUCAAAUGUGCUUUGUUUCCAUGAUAUUUGGUGUUGAAGAGAUA